UAAAAAAUGUGAAGCAACUAACGAGUAAAAAAAUUGGAAAAGUUAAACUACAAGCCCUAAUUCGUGUGAGCUAGCUCUUUACUAUCGCCUUCUUCCCCCUUUCCUUGCCUUUCUUCCUGGACUUCUGAAUGGCGUUGCAAAUUGCGGCUCACGAAAAAGAUUCAAGGAUAUGCAUCUAUUUCUUCUGCUAUUUGUUCUGGAUAUAAGAGCUUCAUUGGAAUUGUAAUUUCUACCGUCAUUACCUGAUGGAGUUCAUUUGGAAGUGUUUAAUUUUAUAAGCAUUAUCAUUUUGAGAUAUUUGGAAACUUUUAAUUCUGGUUUGUUAUACUGAGAGAGUUAUGGGGCGAUUCAAUCAGGAAAAGGAGAUGAGUGCAUACAAUAAUACAUUAUUCCAGAGCAAUUGCAACGAGGGAACUUCAGCCCGGACAAGACCUUUCUCUUUUGAUGAAAUUAUGCUUAGACGGAAGAACAAGAGUGGCAUUGAAGAAAUCAAGGAUAGUAUCGCUGGUGCUGCAGUUCCAUUUGAUAGAGAAAACUCUGUGAAAAGGACUUAUGAUUGUUUGGCAUCUGACAGAAGCUAUGAUGCUUCCUUACCUAGUAAUGUGAGGCAUAAUUUUAAGGACUCUCAGUUGUUAAAUUCAAGAAAGAAGGAAGGUAAUGAUGAGGAAAGUAAACUCCUUAGAUGCAAGAAGAAAGCAAGUAGAGAGUCAGAAACCAAACAAGAUGCAGUUAGCAUUGAUACCAGCACUAAGAACAUGAGCAGAUACAAAAUUGAUAAUGCUCCUCAUGGAUGGAGGAGAAAAGAUGACAAGUCUCAUGAUGAUUCUGAAAAAAGACGUGGUAACAGAAAUGCAAAUGAUGAGGCCAAGAAGUUGGCUGGUAGAAGUGGUAAAACACAUGAGAAGGAAAGAAAUGAAGCCCAUCAUGAUAAGGACAACACUCACAGCCGAAAGCUGUACAGGAAGAGAAAAAGUGAUGAAUUCCCAAACAAUGCUUCUGAGGAUGAAUCUGAGAAGAGACAUUCAAGAAAUCAUAGAAGUGGCCAUAAAGAUAAAAAGAAAGAAAGUUCUGAAAAGGAAAGCUCAAGAAAACACCAAAAUGAAGAUGCUGAGAGGGCUAAAGACAGAAGUGCACAAAAAAAGCAUGAAUCAACAAAAGUAGGAGCUUCUUUUUUUCCCGAAAGGAAGGAUUCAAAGCGAGCUCAUUAUGAAGAAUUAAGGAAUAAAAGAAGAAGGUCAAGGAGCACAGAUCAUGGCAAAGACAAUCACAGAAAGUCCCACUCACUAUCUCCAAAGGCCCACAAGCAUUCAUCACAUGACAUGAGAGAUAUGGGGGAAUCCUACUCACACUCUUCAAAAGAUAAAUUUGGACGAUCAAACAUUGAAUCUGAUAGGAAUAAGAUAUCCAACAAUGGUGAAACUAGUCAUUUGAAGAGGCAUGCAGGGAUGACAAGUGGGCUUGGUGGCUAUUCACCAAGAAAGAGGAAAUCUGAAGCUGCUGCAAAAACUCCAUCUCCAACUAAACGCUCACCAGAGAAGAGAAUUGCUGGCUGGGACCGCCCACCUGCAACAACAGAGAGAAAUUUUCCUGCACCAGUAGUGUGUAGUGUUCUUUCAUCUGCACAGUCUGUAUCAUUGAACAAACUUGGUUCAUUUGGUGUGAGUACUGCUAGUCUGUUUGCAACAAAACCUGCCAUGUUUUUCCAAAAUAGUUACUCUCCAUCGGUGCAUGCUGUUGAGUCAGUCCAGUUAACACAAGCAACACGACCUUUGAGAACACUCUAUGUUGAAAACUUGCCAAAUUCAGUGUCUGAUAAAGAUGUUAUGGAAUGCAUCAAUAAGUUUCUGCUGUCUUCAGGCGCCAACCGUAUUCAAGGGACAAAGCCCUGUAUUAGCUGUAUGAUACACAAGGAGAAGGCCCAAGGUCUUCUAGAAUUUUUGACACCUGAGGAUGCUUCUGCCGCACUUUCCUUUGAUGGGAGAUCAAUCAGUGGUUCCAUUCUUAGAAUUAGACGUCCUAAAGAUUUCAUUGAAGUGGGAACUGGUGUUGGCGUGAUUUCACAGGCUGCAGUUGAUAGGAUGAGUGGUACUGUAAUGAAUUCACCUUAUAAGAUUUUUAUUGGUGGAAUCUCGGAAGUUAUUUCAUCUGAUAUGCUUAUGGAGAUCGCUAAGUCCUUUGGACAUUUGAAAGCCUACCACUUUGAGCUGAAUGCUGGUCUUAAUGAACCCUGUGCUUUUCUUGAGUAUAUUGACCAUUCAGUUACUGCUAAAGCUUGUGCUGGUCUUAAUGGAAUGAAAUUAGGCGGCAAAGUGCUAACGGUAGUUCAAGCUAUUCCAGAUGCUUCGCUCGUGGAAAAUGUUAAGAAUCUUCCUUACUAUGGGAUUCCUGACCAUGCUAAGCCUCUUUUAGAAAGCCCCACAGAAGUGCUGAAACUGAAAAAUAUGUUCGAUCACAAGGGAUUGUCAGAUCAGGAACUUGAAGAAAUGAUGGAUGAUAUAAGGCUGGAGUGUGCAAGGUUCGGUACGGUGAAAUCUAUUAAUGUCAUAAAGGAUAAUGAACGCACCCCCAUAAUAGAACCUGUUGAGGUAAUGCACAAUGAUGCCCUUACUGAAAGUAAGGUUGUACUUGUUGACAGUCCUACUGAGGAUAAACAUGCAGAUUAUCCGGUUGAAAUGGGAAUCUCUGUUUCUGAAUGUCCCAUGGUAGUUUCUGGGAAUGACUGUGUCAGUUCCCUGAAGUCCCAAGAAGAAAUUAUUAAUGGAUCUGGUGAUACUGUGAGUUCAGCAGAAAAGCUUGAAGUGGACAGUAAGUUAGUUGUUGAGGAAGAGUUAGAGUUCAACGAAUGUCAUGUAAAGUUAGAGGCUCCUGAAAAUGAAGCAAAGGGAAAUGAAACUAAUCCCGAAAAUAUAUUUGAGCCUGGUUGUGUUCUGAUAGAGUAUAGAAGAGCAGAAGCUUCUUGCAUGGCUGCACAUUGUUUACAUGGCCGAAUCUUUGAUGACCGGAUUGUGACUGUCGAGUAUGUUGCUCAUGAUCUAUACCGGAAGAAGUUUUACAUGUAGAUUAUUAGCAGUAAAUGUAACAUGCACCGGGAGAGCUACUGAAAAUAGUUUUUUAAGUUGUUACUACUGUAAUUUUAGUCGCUAAGCAGAUAUAAUUGUUUGGGUUUAGUUUUGGUUUGAAUCAACAUCUGUAGAAAGUCUAGGCUAAACCAAAAACUCAAACUGGUGUUUGAAUUUGUUAUUUUUGCAGAUGCAUAGAGUGAUAGAGGGCUUUGGUACUUCAGAAAUGCGACUUUAAUUAAGUAGUCCCCACUUGUCAAAAGUAUUUUGAGAGAUAGUGGAAAACACAGUGAAAAGG